UACUGCGAACAGUAAGCAAUAUGUUCAAAAUAAUCGCAGUCUUGGCACUUGUUGCCUUCGUUGGUGCAACUUCUACGACGGAGCAGCUCAACUCGCAGUUUAUCGUCUUUAAAACGAAUUUUGCCAAAGGAUACAAAAGCCUUGAAGAGGAACUUCAGCGUCGAGAAAUCUUCAAUAGCAAUAAGCGUUCGAUCGAUGAGCACAACAAACGAUUCGAAGCUGGUCUGGAAACCUUCGAAAUGGGCGUCAAUCAGUUUAGCGAUCUGACUUUCGAGGAAUUUGAGCGACUCUAUCUUUCGAGUCCUAGUCCGUAUACUGCUAAGUUUGCUGAAGAGUCUGUCUAUGAGCCAACUGAGCAGGACGUGCCUAGCAGUAUGGAUUGGCGCACCAAAGGCGCUGUAACUCCAGUAAAAGAUCAGGGACAGUGUGGCUCAUGUUGGGCUUUCUCUGCUACUGGCUCACUUGAGGGGCAAUGGUACCUGAAGACCAAGCAGCUCAUUUCGCUCUCUGAACAAAAUUUGAUCGAUUGCAGCACUGAAAAAUAUAAUAAUCUGGGUUGCAGUGGUGGCAUGUAUGACAGAGCUUUUCAGUAUGUGAUCGACAAUGGAGGCAUCAAUGAUGAACACACUUAUCCUUAUCUGGCCAAGCAGGGUAACUGCCAAUUUAAGAAGAAUGCCAUUGCUGCAAAGGUCAACCAAAUUGUACAGGUGACAAGUCGUAAUGAGGAUGCUUUGAAGACAGCAGUGGCGGAGAAGGGACCCAUUUCAGUGGCAAUUAUGGCCACAGCUAAAUUCCAAAGCUAUAAGAGCGGCGUGUUUAACGACGAGAGCUGCUCUGAUAGUAUAAAUCAUGCUGUCCUUGUGGUUGGCUAUGGCAAUGAUGCCAACGGAGGUGACUACUGGUUGGUGAAGAACUCAUGGAACGAGGGCUGGGGUGAAAAGGGCUACAUUCGCAUGUCGCGCAAUCGCAAUAAUCAAUGCCAGAUUGCUACAUACGGUGCGUAUCCUGUGGUUCCCAAACGAUUCAAUCAAACAGUUCUACUACUGCAGAUAGUAAACAAUAUGUUCAAAAUAAUUGCAAUAUUUGCGCUUGUCGCCUAUGUUGGGGCAGCUUCUUUGACGGAGGUACUCAACUCGGAGUGGAGCAGCUUCAAAUCGAAUUUCGGACGAGGAUACAAAAGUCUCAAAGAGGAACUUCAGCGCCGGGAAAUCUUUAUUAGCAAUAAGCGUUUGAUCAAUGAGCACAACAAACGCUUUAGAGCUGGCCUUGAAAGCUUCGAAAAGGGUGUCAAUCAGUUUAGCGAUCUGACUUUCGAGGAAUUUGAGAGACUCUACCUUUCAAAGCUUAACCCUUAUCAUAAUAAUACGCUUGAAAAGUCUGUGUUUGAGCCAGCUGAGGGAGACGUGCCGGACAGUAUAGAUUGGCGCACAAAAGGCGCUGUAACUCCAGUUAAGGAUCAGGGACAGUGCGGCUCUUGUUGGGCUUUCUCGGCAAAUGGCGCAUUGGAGGGACAAUGGUACCUAAAAACCUCGAGGCUCAUCUCAUUGUCUGAACAAAAUUUGUUGGAUUGCAGUACUGAAAAGUAUGGUAAUCAUGGUUGCAAUGGUGGCUGGCCGGCCAGUGCUUUGAAGUAUAUUAUCUUCAAUCGUGGCAUCAAUGCUGACAAGACUUAUCCUUAUGAGGCCAAGCAGGGCAAGUGCCGAUUUAAUGAGACAGCCAUUGCUGCAACAAUGAACAAAAUUGGAUACGUGGCAAGUGGCGAUGAGGAUGCUUUGAAGAAGGCUGUUGCUACAGUUGGGCCCAUUUCUGUGGCUAUUAUGGUUACAGGUAGUUUCAUGAACUAUAAAAGUGGCGUGUAUAGUGAGGAGAGCUGCCCCGCCGGUGUGAAUCAUGGAGUAGUUAUUGUUGGCUACGGCACUGAUGCCAACGGAGUUGACUACUGGUUGGUGAAGAACUCUUGGGGCCCUCACUGGGGUGAUAAGGGCUACAUUCGCAUGUCGCGCAAUGCCAACAAUCAAUGUGAAAUUGCCUCAUACGGUGUUUAUACUGUACUGCAAUAAUUUUGUAAAUAAUUUAUUAACCAUCGUGAUAUUAGCUUGUAAAUAUU